AUGUUCUGCGGAGAAAAAAUAAAAAAAAUAAAUAUUUUCUUUGAUAAUCCCUCCUACUCUGUCUUCAUUCCUUUCCUCUUCCCUCCCUAUAUCUUUAUAUCUUUUCUAUCUCUUUUACGUCUUUUUCUUCUUUUCCUUUCUUUCUUUCUUUCUUUCUUUUUUACUUUCCCAUUAUUUUCUAUCCCUCUAUCCCUCCUCUUUGUUUGUUUGUUUCCUUUUUCUUUCUUUUUUUUUAUCAUUUUCUACCCAUUCACCCUUCCUUUUUCUUUAUUUCUUUCUUUUUUCUUCUUUCUUUCUUUCUUUCUUUCUUUCUUUCUUUCUUUCUUUCUUUUACUUUUCCAUUAUUUUCUAUCCCUCCUCUUUCUUUCUUUGUUUGUGUUUCUUUUUCAUUAUUUUCUACCCAUUCACCCUUCCUUUUUCUUUAUUUCUUUCUUUUUUCUUUCUUUCUUUCUUUCUUUCUUUCUUUCUUUUACUUUCCCAUUAUUUUCUAUCCCUCCUCUUUCAUUGUUUGUGUUUCUUUCUUUUUCAUUAUUUUCUACCAAUUUACCCUUCCUUUUUCUUUCUUUCUUUCUUUCUUUCUUUCUUUCUUUCUUUCUUUCUUUCUUUGCGCCUGAUGAACUCUUGUUACACUUGGGUGGACUGAACCUAUCCCAACUUACACCAUUUUCUUUUUCUUUCUUUAUUUCUUUCUUUUUUCUUUCUUCCUAUAUGAUUUUAUUAAUUUAUCAUAACCCUUUCUUUCUAUCUUUCUUCUUUCUUUCUUUCUUUCUUUCUUUCUUUCUUUCUUUCUUUCUUUCUUUUACUCCAUAUUUCUUAGGUUUUUCUUUCUUUGUCUUUUUCCUUUUCUUUCUUUUUCUUUUUUUUUUUCUUUCUUUCUUUCUUCUUUCUUUUUACUCCAUAUUUCUUAGGUUUUCUUUCUUCUUUGUCCUCAUUCCUUUUCCUGUUCUUUCUUUCUUUCUAUCUUUCUUUCUUUCUUUCUUUCUUUCUUUCUUUGUUUUCUUUCUUCUUUGUCUUCAUUCCUUUUCCUCUUUCUUUCUUUCUUUCUUUCUUUCUUUUCUUUUCUUUCUUUUUCUUUCUUUCUUUUACUCCAUAUUUCUUAGGUUUUCUUUCUUCUUUGUCUUCAUUCCUUUUCUCUUCUUUUUCUUUUCUUUCUUUCUUUCUUUCUUUUUACUCCAUAGUUUCUUAGGUUUUCUUUCUUUCUUUUGUCCUCAUUCCUUUUCUUUCUUUCUUUCUUUUUUCUUUCUAUCUUUCUUUUCUUUCUUUCUUUCUUUCUUUCUUUCUUUCUUUUACUCCAUAGUUUUCUUUCUUCUUUGUCUUCAUUCCUUUUCCUCUUUCUUUCUUUCUUUCUUUCUUUCUUCCUUUUACUCCAUAUUUCUUAGGUUUUCUUUCUUCUUUGUCUUCAUUCCUUUUUUAUUUUUCUUUCUUUCUUUCUUUCUUUCUUUCUUUCUUUUACUUCAUAGUUUCUUAGGUUUUCUUUCUUCUUUGUCCUCAUUCCUUUUCUUUUUUUCAUUCUUUUUUCUUUCUUUCUUUCUUUUACUCCAUAGUUUCUUAGGUUUUCUUUCUUCUUUGUCCACAUUCCUUUUCUUUCUUUCUUUCUUUUUUCUUUCUUUCUUUCUUUUACUCCAUAGUUUCUUAGGUUUUCUUUCUUCUUUGUCUUCAUUCCUUUUCCUCUUUCUUUCUUUCUUUCUUUUACUCCAUAGUUUCUUAAAUUCCUUUUCUUUCUUUCUUUUCUUUCUUUCUUUCUUUUCUUUCUUUUUUUUUACUCCAAUGUUUCUUAGGUUUUCUUUCUUUUUGUCCUCAUUCCUUUUCUUUCUUUUCUUUCUUUCUUUCUUUCUUUUUUUCUUUUUUUUUUUUUUACUCCAUAGUUUCUUAGGUUUUUUUUCUUCUUUGUCUUAUUACCUUUCUUUUCUUUCUUUUUUCUUUCUUUCUUUCUUUUUCUUUCUUUCUUUUUUUACUCCAAUUUUCUUAGGUUUUCUUUCUUCUUGUCUUCAUUUCCUUUUCUUUCUUUCUUUCUUUCUUUCUUUCUUUCUUUCUUUCUUUCUUUCUUUCUUUUUACUCCAAUGUUUCUUAGGUUUUUUUCUUCUUUCUUUGUCCUCAUUCCUUUUCUUUUUUUCUUUCUUUUUUCUUUUCUUUUCUUUCUUUUCUUUAUUUCUUUUUUUUUUUUUUUUCUUUGUCUUCAUUUCCUUUUCUUUCUUUCUUUCUUUCUUUUCUUUCUUUCUUUCUUUUCUUUCUUUUUCUCCAAUGUUUCUUAGUUUCUUGGGUUUUCUUUCUUCUUUUUGUCCUCAUUCCUUUUCUUUCUUUCUUUUUCUUUUUUUUUUCUUUCUUUCUUUACUCCAUAGUUUCUUAGGUUUUCUUUCUUCUUUGUCUUCAUUCCUUUUUUUCUUUUCUUUCUUUCUUUCUUUCUUUCUUUUUCUUUCUUUUCUUUCUUCCUUUUACUCCAUAGUUUUAGGUUUUUUUCUUUUUGUCUAUUUCUUUUUUAUUUUUUUCUUUCUUUUUCUUUCUUUCUUUCUUUCUUUCUUUUCUUUCUUUUCUUUCUUUUACUUUCAUAGUUUCUUAGGUUUUUCUUUCUUCUUUGUCUUCAUUCCUUUUCUUUUUUUUCUUUCUUUUUUCUUUCUUUCUUUCUUUUUCUCCAUAUUUCUUAGGUUUUCUUUCUUCUUUGUCUUCUUUCCUUUUCUUUUUUUUUUUCUUUCUUUCUUUCUUUCUUUCUUUUUUUUCUUUAAACUCCUUAGUUUCUUGGGUUUUCUUUCUUCUUUGUCCUCAUUCCUUUUCUUUUUCUUUCUUUUUCUUUCUUUCUUUCUUUUACUCCAUAGUUUCUUAGGUUUUCUUUCUUCUUUGUCUUCAUUCCCUUUUCCGCUUUCUUUUCUUUCUUUCUUUCUUUCUUUCUUUUCUUUCUUUCUUUUUUAUUAUUUCUUAGGGUUUUCUUUCUUCUUUGUCUUCAUUUCCUUUUCCUUUCUUUCUUUCUUUCUUUCUUUCUUUUCUUUCUUUUUUUUCUUUCUAUAUUUUUCAUUAUUUCUUAGGUUUUCUUUCUUCUUUGUCUUCAUUCCUUUUCCUCUUUCUUUCUUUCUUUCUUUCUUUCUUUCUUUCUUCUUUUUACUCCAUAGUUUCUUAGGUUUUCUUUCUUCUUUGUCCUCAUUCCUUUUCUUUCUUUCUUUCUUUUUUCUUUCUUUCUUUUUUACUCCAUAUUUCUUAGGUUUUCUUUCUUCUUUUUUUUUUCUUUCUUUCUUUUUUUUACUCCAUUCUUUUCUUAGGUUUUCUUUCUUUGUCCAUUUUCUUUUCUUUCUUUCUUUUUUUCUUUCUUUUCUUUCUUUUACUCCAAUGUUUCUUAGUUUCUUAGGUUUUCUUUCUUAUUUGUCUUUCCUUUUCUUUUUCCUCUUUCUUUCUUUCUUUCUUUCUUUCUUUCUUUUACUCCAUAGUUUCUUAGGUUUUCUUUCUUCUUUGUCUUCAUUCCUUUUCUUUUUCUUUCUUUCUUUCUUUCUUUUCUUUUUACUUUUCCAAUGUUUCUUAGGUUUUUCUUUCUUCUUUGUUUCAUUUCCUUUUCUUUCUUUCUUUUCUUUCUUUCUUUCUUUUUUCUUUCUUUCUUUCUUUAACUCCAAUGUUUUCUUAGGUUUUCUUUCUUCUUUGUUUUCAUUUCUUUUCUUUUUUCUUUUUUUUUCUUUCUUUUUUUCUUUCUUUUCUUUGUUUCUUUUCUUUUCUUUCUUCUUUUCGUCAUUCCUUUUCUUUCUUUCUUUCUUUUUUCUUUCUUUCUUUCUUUUACUCCAUAGUUUCUUAGGUUUUCUUUCUUCUUUGUCUUCAUUCCUUUUCUUUCUUUCUUUCUUUCUUUCUUUCUUUCUUUCUUUCUUUCUUUCUUUUACUCCAAUGUUUCUUAGGUUUUCUUUCUUCUUUGUCCUCAUUCCUUUUCUUUUUUUCUUUCUUUUUUCUUUCUUUCUUUCUUUUACUCCAUAUUUCUUAGGUUUUCUUUCUUCUUUGUCUUCAUUCCUUUUCUUUCUUUCUUUCUUUCUUUCUUUCUUUCUUUCUUUCUUUCUUUCUUUUACUCCAUAUUUCUUAGGUUUUCUUUCUUCUUUGUCCUCAUUCCUUUUCUUUCUUUCUUUCUUUUUUUUUUUUUCUUUCUUUCUUUUUUACUAUAGUUUUGGGUUUCUUUCUUUUUCUUCAUUCCUUUCUUUCUUUCUUUUUUCUUUCUUUCUUUUUUUUCUUUCUUUUUUCUUUCUUUCUUUCUUUUACUCCAUAUUUCUUAGGUUUUCUUUCUUCUUUGUCUUCAUUCCUUUUUAUUUUUCUUUCUUUCUUUCUUUCUUUCUUUCUUUCUUUCUUUUACUCCAUAGUUUCUUAGGUUUUCUUUCUUCUUUGUCCUCAUUCCUUUUCUUUUUUUUCUUUCUUUUUUCUUUCUUUCUUUCUUUUACUCCAUAUAUCUUAGGUUUUCUUUCUUCUUUGUCUUCAUUCCUUUUCCGCUUUCUUUCUUUCUUUCUUUCUUUCUUUCUUUCUUUUUACUCCAUAGUUUUCUUUCUUCUUUUCUUUCAUUCCUUUUCCUUUCUUUCUUUUCUUUCUUUCUUUCUUUCUUUUCUUUUUCUUUCUUUCUUUCUUUCUUUCUUUCUUUUACUUCAUAGUUCCUUUUUUUUUCUUUUUGUUCAUUCCUUUUUUUUUUUUUCUUUCUUUUUUCUUUCUUUCUUUCUUUUACUCCAUAGUUUCUUAGGUUUUCUUUCUUCUUUGUCUUCAUUUCCUUUUCCUUCUUUCUUUUUCUUUUCUUUCUUUCUUUCUUUUUACUCCAUAGCUUUCUUUCUUCUUUGUCCUCAUUCCUUUUCCUUUUUCUUUCUUUUUCUUUCUUUCUUUCUUUUACUCCAUAGUUUCUUAGGUUUUCUUUCUUCUUUGUCUUCUUCGUUUUCUUUCUUUCUUUCUUUCUUUCUUUUCUUUCUUUCUUUCUUUCUUUUUUCCUUUCUUUCUUUCUUUCUUUCUUCUUUGUUUUCUUUCUUCUUUUUUCAUUCCUUUUCUUUCUCUUUCUUUCUUUUUUCUUUUUUCUUUCUUUUUUUCUUUCUUUCUUUUUUACUCCAUAGUUUCUUAGGUUUUCUUUCUUCUUUGUCCUCAUUCCUUUUCUUUUUUCUUUUUUUUUUCUUUCUUUUACUCCAUUUCUUAGGUUUUCUUUCUUCUUUCUUUUCCUUUUCUUUCUUUUUUCUUUCUUUCUUUCUUUCUUUCUUUUUUCUUUCUUUUCUUUGUUUCUUAGGUUUUUCUUUCUUCUUUUUUCUUUCCUUUUUUUUUCUUUCUUUUUUCUUUCUUUCUUUCUUUUACUCCAUAGUUUUCUUUCUUCUUUGUCCUCAUUCCUUUUCUUUUUUCUUUCUUUCUUUCUUUCUUUCUUUCUUUCUUUCUUUCUUUCUUUUACUCCAUAGUUUCUUAGGCUUUCUUUCUUCUUUGUCCUCAUUCCUUUUCCUUCUUUCUUUCUUUUUUCUUUCUUUCUUUCUUUUACUCCAUAGUUUCUUAGGUUUUCUUUCUUCUUUGUCUUCAUUCCUUUUACUCUUUCUUUCUUUCUUUCUUUCUUUCUUUCUUUCUUUCUUUCUUUCUUUCUUUCUCCAUGUUUUUCUUUCUCUUUCCAUGCUCACAAUACCCCCUUUCUUUAUCUCUUCCUGUUUCCCUUUCUUACCUCAUUUCACCUACUUCUCUUCUUUUCUUCACUCCUGUACAACGUCUUCUUUUCUGCUGCUUCUUGAUCUAUCUAUCUAUCUAUUCUAUCUAUCUAUCUAUCUAUCUAUCUUCAGUCUUUUCAUAUCUAUCUAUCUAUCUAUCAGUCUAUCUAUCUAUCUAUCUAUCUAUCUAUCUAUCUAUCUAUCUUUCAUAUCUAUCUAUCUAUCUAUCUAUUCUAUCUAUCUAUCUAUCUAUCUAUCUAUCUAUCUAUCUUCAGUCUUUUCAUAUCUAUCUAUCUAUCUAUCUAUCUAUCUAUCUAUCUAUCUCAGUCUUUUCAUAUCUAUCUAUCUAUCUAUCUAUCUAUCUAUCUAUCUAUCUAUCUAUCUAUCUAUUUUCUAUUUAUCUUCAGUCUUUUCAUAUCUAUCUAUCUAUCUAUCGAUCUAUCUAUCUUCAGUCUUUUCAUAUCUAUCUAUCUAUCUAUCUAUCUAUCUAUCUAUCUAUCUAUCUAUCUCAGUCUUUUCAUAUCUAUCUAUCUAUCUAUCUAUCUAUCUAUCUAUCUAUCUAUCUAUCUAUCUAUCUAUCUAUUCCUCACAGCGCUUAAGUAUCUAUCUCACCCACUCAUAUCUAUCGAUUAAUCUCAUCUGCUCAUAUCUAUGUUUGCACCACCGCACUCUUAUCUAUCUACCUCACUCGCUUAUAUCUAUCUAUCUAUCUAUCUAUCUAUCUAUCUAUCUAUCUAUCUAUCUAUCUAUCUAUCUCAUUCUGUUCAUUAUCUAUCUAUCUAUCUAUCUAUCUAUCUAUCUAUCUAUCUAUCUAUCUAUCUCAGUCUGUUCGUAUCUAUCUAAGUCUGUUUAUAUGUAUCCAUCUAUCGUUGUUCAUUAUCUAUCUCAGUCUGUUCGCAUCUAUCUAUUUAUCUAUCUGUAUCUAUCUCUCUCUCUCUUCAUUGUCUAUCUAUCUCUCUCAGUCUGUUCACAUCUAUCUAUCUAUCUAUCUAUCUAUCUAUCUAUCUAUCUAUCUAUCUACACUCUGUUCAUUAUCUAUCUAUCACUAUCUAUUCAUUAUCUAUCUAUCUAUCUAUCUAUCUAUCUAUCUAUCUAUCUAUCUAUCUAUCUGUUAUCUAUCUAUCUAUCUAUCUAUCUAUCUAUCUAUCUAUCUAUCUCAUUACUGUUACUUUUCUCACCUUUUAUCCUCGCCACUCUCACCUAUUUUUUUUAUUCUCUCCGCCUUUAUGCAAAUGUUUUUCCUUUUCUCCUUUCUUCAGGAAAUAUUAUUUUAAUGUCUUUUCCCUUCAGUUUUCUUUCAUAUUUUAACCUUUUAUCUUUACUUUCAAUCUUCGUUCCUCCUCUCUUACUCUCGUCUUCCUUCCUUCCUUCCUUCCUUCCUUCCUUUUCUUCGUCUCCCCCCCCUCUCUCUCUCUCUCUCUCUCUAAUGGUCUCUUCCAUUUUCCUGGCAUAUUUCUUUCUUUCUUUCUUUCUUUCUUUCUUUCUUUCUUUCUUUCUUUUUUUUUUUUUACAAUUUUCACUUUUUUCUUUUUUUAAUUUUUCUUUCUUUCUUUCUUUCUUUCUUUUUAAUCUGAUGCAUUUCUCCAUUUUCUCUCUUUCUUUCUUUCUUUCUUUCUUUCUUUCUUUCUUUCUUUCUUUCUUUCUUUCCUGUUCCUUUCUUUCUUUCAUUGUUUCUUUAAGGGAUACUCUCUUUCUUUCUUCUCUCUUUCCGUUACUCUUUCUUUCUUGCUUACUUUCUUUCAUAAACCUUUCUUUCUUUCUUUCUUCUUUCUUUCUUUCUUUCUUUUUUCUUUCUUUCUUUUUUAAGUUUUCCCUCUUUCUUUCUUCUUUUUCCGUCUUUCUUUCUUUCCUUUUCUCUUUCCUACACAUUUCUCAUUUUUUCUCCUCUCUCACUCCCUUCCUCCCUUCAUUCAAUAUCUCCCCUUCCUUCCUGUCUUUCCUUCACUGUCUCCUUUCCACCCCCUCUCUCUGUUAUUCUAUUCAAUCCCUGAAUGAAGAACACGCCUCAGUGUCUUUUCUUUUUCUUUUCUUUUUAACAUGUCCCCGUGGGAGUUUUUCACUUUGGCUUAUUCUUGCUCUCUCUCUCUCUGUCACUCUUUCUGUUUUUUUAUCUAUCUAUCUAUCUAUCUAUCUAUCUAUAUAUUAUUUAUAA